UUUUGCCACGCAUCUUUCCGCUGCUGCGAUGAACAAGGGUGAAUCGGACGAUGUGUCGUGCAGCGCGUCUGCGUCUGCUGCGCCUGUCGCCGCCCCGCGAUCGGGAGGCAUGUCUGUUCGAGGGACCAAUCCUCGCGAAACCCACCACGAAGUCUUUGGUGAUGGAAACCUGAACACGGUCAUGCUCGUGCUUAUCCUUGUCCACUUGAUGCAGUACUUGAUGCGUCCUCCUUGUACAUGUUAAUCCAUGUCGUUACUCCAGCAAUAUCUAAAAGCACUUGCGGUCGAUGAUGCUCUCGUGGUAUUCUUCCCACUCUUGACGCGUGA